AUGUCGAGCCACUACGAGACGAAGCAGCCGCUCUCGCGCGAGCUGAUCGACAGGAUCGUGAAGAGUCGAUACGUGAACGUCGGGCUGUAUUACCUCCGCCAGGUCUUCUUCGGCAAGUACGACAUCAGAGUGCAUACCGACAAGGAGAGCACGGACCACACCGCGCUCUGGAACGACCUCCGCGCGUCGAUCACGAAGCUGCACUAUGGGCCCCGUGCGCCCGGCCAGGGCUCAUUCAACCACAUCGCGAGCGGAUACGACGCGGGCUACUACGGGUACCUCUACUCGCUCGUGUUUGCGUCCGACAUGUACGCGACGGUGUUCAAACAGGACCCGCUCGACCCCGCGCGCGGCGCAAAGUAUCGCGCGGCGAUCCUCCGGCCGGGCGGCAGCAGGGACGACGACGAGUCGCUCAAGGAGUUCCUGGGGCGGCCACCCAACUCGGAGGCGUUCGUGCGUGAGCUGUUUGGUUCGACCUCGUCGAAUCUAUGA